AUGGGUGACCUGGCGAGGCGGCACACUCGGAGGUCACCACUGUACGCGGACAGCCUCAGACUUCGUCUUCCUCCACUCCCCACCCCCCACCCCCACCCCGCCUGCUCCCUGUUAAUGGUGGCCCUUAAAACGGACCCUGAGUGGCCGCACGAAAGAAUCCCUGGGGCGCUUUUAUACCAUUCAGGUGCCGGCAUCCCAACCCCGCGCUGUUCAAUGGUGAGUUGUGGGGUCUGGCGCAGGUGUUUUCCGUCCCAAGAGCCUCGGGCGCCCGGGGGGGCGGGGCCGGCGCCAAGCAGCGCCCCGCCUCUCGGGGUGUCCCGGCUCCGCCCUCCGGCCGCUCGGCUUCGCAGGGGAGCUGGCCGGGCGGCUCGGGGCGAACAGGCUCCCUGUCGGGCCUCCACGGCCCGCCUCGCGCCCCUUCCCGCUGCUGGUCCCCAGAACCGGCCCCAGGGUGCCCUUCCCCGGUGGCCCCCGCGCGUGGCGGCGUCCCGCAGGGUUCCAUAUCUCCUCAUGACACCAUUUACCCAGCUCUGCAAGAGCCAAAAUGGAGAUGGAGACAUAGUUGGUUUUUUUUUUUUUUCCCCAGACCUGUUUUGUAUUACGUGCAGUAACAUCAAACCAUCCAUUUACAAAUUUUCUGGUCUGCAAGCAGCUGGAAUGAACUAGGCUUGUCUUUGGGAUCAUGUUGUUUGCGUCCACUUUCGUUAAUAAAGAGAAAAGAACCACCCAGCCGCGGGAACAGAGGGCAGCACACGGGUCCCAGCCGGAAGGCAGCAGGAGCGUGCCACACCUGGACACGCAGUGUGGGGACGAGGCCAGCUGCUCUUCAUUUGUUUCCAGAGCACAUUCAUGUCAAAGAGUGAACAGGCUGUCAUCACAAGUCAAAUGUAUUAUAAUCGCUGAGACCUUCAGCCUGAGAAACAAAUCUUUGUUUUUCUAAAUACUUUACUCUGAAAUAAAUUUACCAACAAAUCCCACAGAUUUAGUACGAACAGUACAAAUCAUAUUUGCUUUCCACUUUUCCUUUCUUCAAACACCAAAUAAAAUGCAGGUGAAGAUGAAACACGACUGGAAACUGAUCUACACUAACUGAUGUAAACUGAGGCUUAUACUAACUUUAAAAAGAAUCUAAAAAACUAUGGUUAAUGUGAAUCUACUUAAAGCAUUUGGGUACUGCUUUUCAAGUAAGUAACUGUCCUACUGCUAGAACGGGUCUCAGUGGGGUGAAUGGAUUGUUAAGAAUUAACCUUUCCAAGGACUUCCCUGGUGGUCCAGUGGCUAAGACUCUGUGCUCCCAAUGCCAGUGGCCUGGGUUUGAUCCCUGGUCAGGGAAUUAAAUCCCACAUGCCACAACCGAGAAUUCGAAGGCUGCAACAAAGACCCAACACAACCAAAUAAAUGAAUAUUAAACAAACAAAAAAAAUCUUUCCAAAACCCACAAGGCAGAUGGCUUGUUCUUUAUUAACUUUGAUCACAGACACUUCCCCAGUUUUCCAUAAAAUGCUCUUGAUACUGCUGUAGUAUCAUGGCAUAAAAGAUUCAAAGUGCCACGAGACGCAAGGACUAGUUUUUUCAUUGUAAACCAUGAUGCUGGGUAAUGUUUGGGAACAUCUGAUAUGGAUGGUCAGAUGAAAGAUACCAAAAUGUUACACAUUUAGCUUUACAUUGAGGGAUUAGCAGGGGACAGACUGACUGGACUGCAGUAAAUAUGGUAGGGUAUGAUGAAGCUUUCUUUAUGGUCCAGCUCUCACAGCUGUUGUGUGACUACUGGAAAAACCAUUGCUUUGACUAUAUACAUCUUUCUGGCAGAUUGAGAUCUCUGCUUUUUAAUAUGGUCUAGGUUUGUCAUAGCUUUUCUUCCAAGGAGCAAACAUCUUGUAAUUUCAUGGCCGCAGUCAUUAUCCACAGUGAUUUUGGAG